CACAACAUAUCACGUUCAAACAAGAGGUGACCUAGGAACCGUCUACAUUCAAGAAAGUUUUGAUACUUUUCACUUCAGGUAUUUGCGUCAAAAUGAAACUGAUCUAUAUCAUAGUUUGUGCGGUGUGGUUUUAUAACUCAUUUAUUGGGACGAAAACGUCACGUGUUCGGUCGAUAUGUGAACCAAUGAAAAUCAAGACUUGUAAACAACUUUACAAUCAAACAAUAUUUCCAAACUUCCACAAGCACCGAAGCCAGAACGAGACUGAAGAAUUUUUUAAAGAGCAUGAAUUCCAAACAUUAUUAAACUCAGGAUGUUCCACCGAUCUCAUAUAUCUAGUAUGUUCUUAUUUUGCCCCGAUUUGCGUUAAAUAUUCAAUAAAUAAUGGUAAAUUCGGUCCUUGUCGGAGCUUGUGCAAAAAAGUAAAAAAAGAGUGUGGUCCAACCGCUAGAAAGCUUUAUACGAAGGACCUCAACCUGCUCAGGAAGUUGAAUUGCACUAAAUUUCCAAGACAAAGAGGUAGAAAAGUCUGUUUUGGACGUGCACAAAUUAAAAAGAAGAACAAGAGUGGUAUGUUCUAGACGUUAAAGGUUCAACAGUAUUGGCCACAAAGAUGGCUCAGAGGACAGAAUAACAGAUUACUAUCAGUUUAAAAUGAUACAUAGUUGUUAUACAUAGACAAUUGAGUUGGAAAACUAAAAUCUUAUAGAGGCUCGAAGAUAGUUCAGCAGCUUUUGCUAAAGUAUGAUUAAUUUGGUUUUAGAAUCGGUAAUUAUCAUAGAUUAAUAUUGGAAAUACAUUAUGUAUAAUUCGAUGUAAUCAUGUAAUAGCUUUCAAGCAGUGCACAAGAGCAAAUAUACAUCGGAUUUCAUCUGGAUUCAUAGAAAUCUGAACUCAAUAAAACACUAGAAUACAAACUCAGCAUGCUUAGAAAAACCAUCUGUGUAUAAAUCUGUUGCUGUAUUUCUUUUUA